GCAGGGUGGGCAGCCGCCGCCCAUGGGGCCCGGGCCGGGGCGGCUGGGGCAGAAGCCCGGGUGCCUGCGCAGAGCCAGCACGGAGGGCACGGGCCAGCCACAGCCGGAGGCGGGACGCGGCGCGGAGGCCUUCUGGCCGCCCCAGGCUCCCGUAGCGCCGUGGAGCCCCGCCGGCCGCGCCCCCGGAAGCGGCCGCUCCCCGCCCCGUCCCGCGGCGGCGCCUCCCGGAGACCCGGCCGGCGGUGCGCGGCGCGCCCUCCCGAUGGCCGGCUACGAGGUAGUGAGCGUGUCCGGCUUCGAGGAGUUCAGCCGGGCGGUGGAGCAGCACCACGGCAAGACCAUCUUCGCCUACUUUACCGGCUCCAAGGACGCCGGCGGGAAGAGCUGGUGCCCCGACUGCGUGCAGGCGGAGCCAGUCGUGCGAGAGGGGCUGAAGCACGUCAGUGAAGGAUGUGUGUUCAUCUACUGCCAAGUGGGAGAGAAACCUUAUUGGAAAGAUCCAAAUAACGACUUCAGAAAAAACCUGAAAGUAACUGCGGUGCCUACACUCCUUAAAUACGGAACACCUCAAAAACUGGUGGAAUCCGAGUGUCUCCAGGCCAACCUCGUGGAGAUGUUGUUCUCUGAAGAUUAAGAGUUGAUGAUGACAGUUGUGUCUUGAUUUCCUGAUCUGCUCUGGCAUAAAAGCAGUUGCGUACUUGCUUUGAAUUCAUGUUAGCAAUAAAUAAAUAAAUGAAUGACGAUGUAAAAAAUAGUUUAUGUCUAAACAGUGCUAUUAAAAUGCUCACAAACCCUCA